AUGUACGAGGCGGCCGGUGCCACGCUAGUCAAUGCAACUCGUGUCUGGACUGACAGCGAUAUCGUACUCAAGGUCAGGCCGCCAAGGCUUCGCAGUACGACCUUGAGCCCGAACAACUUCAUCUCUGGUUUCAAGAAAGGAGGCGUUAUUAUUAGCAUGUUUCAGCAGAACUCACCGCGUUACGCUGGUGUCGCCGACACCUACCAGGCCAAAGGGCUCACAUCUUUUGCUAUGGAACUGAUCCCUCGUAUCACCAGGGCGCAGAGCUUCGAUGUCCUGUCUUCCAUGGCGAAUAUUGCAGGUUACAAGGCCGUGCUUGAGGCCAGCAACCAUUUCGGUCGGUACAUGACAGGUCAGACGACUGCGGCUGGCAAGGUGCCGCCAUGUAAAGUCUUGAUUAUUGGCGCCGGUGUUGCGGGUCUAAGUGCCAUUGCCACGGCCAGGCGCAUGGGCGCGAUUGUGAGAUGCUUUGAUACGAGGGCAGCAACUAGGGAACAGGUCCAGUCUCUUGGUGCUGAAUUUAUUGAGGUCGAUAUGAAAGAAGACGGUUCGGGAGGAGGUGGAUACGCCAAAGUAAUGUCGAAGGAGUUCAUCGAGGCCGAGAUGAAGUUGUUCGCUCAACAAUGCAAGGAAGUUGAUAUCCUCAUCACGACUGCAUUGAUUCCAGGAAAGCCAGCUCCGAGACUGAUCACCGAGGAGAUGGUCGAGAGCAUGAAGCCCGGCAGUGUCGUUGUCGAUCUGGCGGCCGAGACAGGUGGCAAUGUCGAGACGACCGUACCUAACGAGAUCAUUAACCACAAAGGCGUCACGGUGAUCGGCCACACUAAUCUGCCUUCUCGACUUCCGACUCAGAGUUCGACCUUGUACGGCAACAAUAUCACGAAGUACUUGCUUUCGAUGUCACCGAAAGAAGGCCACUUCGGCAUUGAUCUCAACGACGAAGUGGUCAGACGCUCUAUCGUGACCUACAAUGGCGUGCUCAUGCCAGCACUACCACCAGUCGCUCCACCCGCGCCCGCAGCGCAGCCUGCUGAGGUCUCGAAGGAAGCCGAAGUCGUUGCUCUUACGCCAUUCCAGAAAGUGAGCCGGGAGGUCGCCACUGUGACAGCAGGCAUGGGCACGGCUCUCGCUCUGGGAAAAUUCACAGGACCACUAUUCAUGAGCAACGUCUUCACUUUCUCGCUGGCUGGUCUGAUCGGAUACCGAGUUGUGUGGGGCGUCAGUCCGGCACUGCACUCCCCUCUGAUGAGCGUGACAAACGCCAUAUCCGGUAUGGUCGGAAUCGGUGGCUUCUUCAUCAUGGGCGGCGGCUACCUUCCUCAGACUAUCCCACAAAUGCUAGGUGCCGCAUCUGUAUUGCUGGCUUUCGUGAACGUCUCUGGAGGGUUCGUAAUCACGAAGCGCAUGCUGGACAUGUUCCGUCGACCAACCGAUCCUCCUGAGUAUCCGUGGCUCUAUGCUGUUCCUGGUCUCCUGUUUGGUGGUGGCUAUAUCGCGGCUGCAUCAACUGGUAUGGCUGGUCUAGUACAAGCAGGAUAUCUAGUCAGCAGUGUCCUAUGUAUCGGCUCCUUGACUGGUCUAGCUUCGCAGGCUACAGCCCGAAGCGGCAACCUGAUGGGUAUCCUGGGUGUGGGUUCUGGUGUUCUCGCCUCCCUAGCAGCGGUCGGCUUUGCACCCGAGACCUUGAUCCAGUGUCUCGGCGUAGCAGGAAUUGGCAGUCUGAUUGGUGCCGUUCUUGGCCGGCGUAUCACUCCAACAGAAUUGCCACAAAUGGUUGCGGCUUUGCACUCCGUGGUCGGUCUCGCCGCGGUGUUGACCAGUAUCGGGUCCGUCAUGGCCGCCAUCAAUCACAUCGACAUGCUUCACAUGGUAACCGGCUAUCUUGGGGUUCUGAUCGGUGGUGUAACCUUCACAGGUUCUAUCGUAGCUUUCAUGAAACUCUCCGGCCGCAUGUCUAGUCGUCCGACUGUCCUCCCUGGUCGCCAUCUCAUCAACAUUGGUCUUCUGACGGCCAACGUGGGGACCUUCGGGGCAUUCAUAGCAGGUGCUCCCGGCGCUCCUGUCAUAGCGGCGGCGUGCCUAUGCACAAGCACCGCUCUCAGCUUCGCCAAGGGGUUCACGACCACGUCCGCCAUUGGAGGAGCAGAUAUGCCUGUCGUGAUCACAGUACUGAACGCGUACUCCGGUUUCGCUUUAGUGGCGGAAGGUUUCAUGCUUAACUCCCCUAUCCUCACGACUGUGGGGUCACUGAUCGGCGUAAGCGGUAGUAUCCUGUCGUACAUCAUGUGCGUAGCCAUGAACCGUAGCCUCACCAACGUCCUUUUCGGCGGCAUCUCGACACCAACGCAAGGAGGCGAGAACAAGAAGAUCGAAGGCGAGAUCACCAAGACCACGAUCGAGGAGACCGCUUCUGCGCUCCAAGAAGCUCAAAAAGUCGUGAUAGUGGUUGGGUACGGCAUGGCUGUCGCCAAAGCCCAGUAUCCAAUCUCGGAGAUCGUAUCGUUCCUACGAGCGCAAGGAGUCGAGGUCAAGUUUGCGAUCCAUCCUGUUGCUGGACGUAUGCCGGGACAGUGCAACGUUCUGCUUGCGGAGGCCAAUGUGCCGUAUGAUAUCGUCCUCGAGAUGGACGAGAUCAAUGAGGAAGGUUUCGAUGAGGUGGAUUUGACGCUUGUGAUUGGUGCUAAUGAUACUGUCAAUCCGAUUGCGUUGGAGAAGGAUAGUCCUAUUGCUGGCAUGCCCAUCAUCGACGCCUACAAGAGCAAGCAGGUCAUUGUCAUGAAACGCGGCAUGGGUAGCGGUUAUGCUGACAUCCCCAACCCAAUGUUCUAUGCGCCGAACACGAAAAUGCUGUUUGGUGACGCCAAGUCGAGUUGCGAUGCUAUCAAAGCUGCACUGGAUGCUGCGAAGUCAUCAUCAGGAACAUGA